GAAAAACCUAACUUAAGAUGCUGAGAAAGGGAGAAUGGGUGUGGGUGGACUCAAAAAUCGGGGUCCCCAUAGGAGCCCGGGUCAAAGAGACACCAACCGGUCAGAGGUUACUGGUGGAUGAUGACGGGAAUGAGCGGCGUCUGUCCCUGGAGGAGGAAGCCUCCCUCAGGAUCAUGCACCCGACGUCUGUGGAGGGGGUGGAUGACAUGAUCAAGCUUGGCGACAUGACGGAAGCGGCCCUCCUCAGGAACCUGUUGCUCAGACACAAGCGAGGCCACAUCUACACCUUCAUAGGUUCGGUUCUGGUGGCGGUGAACCCAUACCAGGAUUUUCCGAUCUACGCAGCGGAGCAGGUGAAGCUAUAUCACAGCCGGCGCCUCGGAGAGCUCCCCCCGCACAUCUUUGCCAUCGCUGAGUCCUGCUACUUCAACAUGACGCGCCACCUCAGAAACCAGUGCUGCAUCAUCAGCGGGGAGUCUGGAGCGGGGAAGACGGAGAGCACCAAACUGAUCCUUCAGUACUUGGCGGCGGUCAGCGGGGAACUCUCUCAGAAGCAGAUCGAAAAGCAGAUCCUGGAGUCCAACCCGAUUCUGGAAGCUUUUGGGAACGCUAAAACGAUCCGCAACGACAACUCCAGCCGCUUUGGGAAGUACCUGGAGAUCUUCUUCAACAAGGACGGGGUGAUCGAAGGUGCCCGCGUGGAGCAGUACCUUCUGGAGAAGUCCCGGGUGUGCCAUCAGGCCCCAGAGGAGCGAAACUACCAUAUAUUUUACUGCCUGUUGGCAGGAAUCACCUCUGAGGAGCGGAAGCGCUUGAGCCUUCAGUAUUCCAAGGAAUAUAAGUACCUUACCAAGGGUAACUGCAUUGUGUGUGAUGGCAGAGAUGAUGCUAAAGAUUUCAACCGUAUCCGCUCGGCCAUGAAAGUCCUGAAGUUCACUGAAGAGCAGUUUCAGGAAAUCCUCCAGCUGCUGGCUGCUAUAUUACACCUGGGAAACGUCAGCUUCGAGGGCGACGUGAAAGCCAACCUGGAAACCUCUGUCGUGGGCAAAUCAGAGCAUUUCACCAUCGCCUCGUCGCUGCUGCAGGUGCAAAGGUCUGCCCUCGCGAACAGCUUGACGCAUCGCUCAUUUGUGGUCAACAGAGAGAGAGUAACGAAGCCCCUCAGCUCUGAACAGGCCACUGACUGCAGAGACGCCUUCGUAAAGGCAAUCUACAAUAAGCUCUUCAUAUGGAUUGUUGGAAGAAUCAAUAGCGUCAUCUCUCAGUUACCGGACAACAAACCCAAAUCUUCCUUCCUGUCCAUCGGCCUGCUGGAUAUAUUCGGCUUUGAGAACUUCAAAACUAACAGUUUUGAGCAGCUUUGCAUCAAUUUUGCUAACGAGAAGCUGCAGCAGUUCUUUGUGGCCCACAUCUUCAAGCUGGAACAAGAAGAGUACCUGAAAGAGGGGGUCGUGUGGAAUAACAUCCAGUUCAGCGACAACGACAAAAUCCUGCUCCUUCUGGCCGAGAAAAACUGCAACGUGCUCGCUCUGAUUGAUGAAGAGAGCCACUUUCCAAAGGGUUCAGACUCCACCCUGCUGACCAAAAUGAACCAAGAGCACAAAAAAGACGAUGCCUACAUCAAUUCCAAGAGCGCACACGAUACACGCUUUGGAAUCCGCCACUUUGCGGGCAUCGUUUACUACGACACUAAUGGAUUCCUGGAAAAGAACAGAGAUGGCGUUAGCCACGACAUCAUUAAAGCCGUCGAAAUGUCCACCAAUAAGCUCCUGCUCCAGAUAUUUGAGAGGAACCCGGCGGCCAACGGACUGAAGGCGUUUAAGAAAGCAAAGUUCAUCAUGACGCCCAACAGCUCUUUUCGGGCGCAGAACGACAACCGUAAAGAAGUGCCGACGCUGAGCGGUCAGUUCCGAGUGUCUCUGGAUUCCCUGAUGAAGGCGCUGAAUGCCUGCCAGCCCUUCUUCAUUCGCUGCUUCAAGCCCAACAACGACAAGCAGUCUGAGAAUUUCGACAGAGAGCUGUGCAUGCGUCAGCUGAGAUACUCCGGCAUGAUGGACACCAUCCGCAUCAGGAAGCUGGGGUAUCCUGUGCGUCACACAUUCGAGGACUUCCUGACGCGCUACAGAGUCCUCCUGAAGACGACCGUCUGUGAUCCCAGAACCAGUGACGCUGCAGCCUGUUGUGAAGCCAUCUGCAGGGCUGUCAUUAAAGGAAAGGAUGAGUGGAAAAUAGGAAGGAGCCAAAUUUUCCUGAAGGAUGCCCACGAUGCUGCUCUGGAACGGUUACGGGAGGAAGAGCUGAGCAGGGUAGCCGUGGUGAUCCAGAGGGUCAUGCUGGGAAUAAAAGACAGAAAGCUCUACCUGAGGAAGCGGGGCGCAGCCGUGGUGCUGCAGAAGCAGUGGAGAGCGUACAGACACAGGAUAGAGCAGAAAAAGCUUCAGCUGGGUUUCGGGAGGCUGGUGUCAAUGAUCCGCGGUCGGAGGCUUCAGUCUCAGUACCAGAGGCAACGGGAAGCUGCGAUCGUCAUCCAGUCACAGGUACGAGGCUACCGGGCGAGGGGAGACUACCGACGGAGGAGGGAAGAAAGUCGCAGGCAGGCUUUGCUCUUGGAAAUGGAGAAGCAGCAACAAGACGAGAUCGGCCUGGAGCUCCAGCAGCGACUGCUGCAAGUUGCUGCAGAGCAAGCCGACAUAGAUUCAGAGACGUCCAGUGAACCCGGUUCUGUUGGAAACGCGUCUGAGAAGCUCCAACUUUCUGAAGAGGACGUGGACGACAAAUCAUCAGAGGCUGAGGACAUUAUGGAGGUGGAAGAGGAAAUCCCACGGAGCUCAAACCAGAUGGCUGUUAUCAUCACGCCGGCCUCUGACUCAUCAAGCCCUGUGCCGUCCAUGGACGAGGAGGAGGAGGAGGAGUUUGACGACGGGUUUGACGACGAGAGUGACAGGCUGUCCUUUUACAACUUCAGCAAAAGUCAGUUCCAGUUCAACGAGGACCACAAGCACACCCCCCAGAGAUUGAAACACCCCCUCCUGCACCACGAGGAUGAAGGAGACGCGCUGGCAUCUCUGACCGUGUCAUGGAUCAUUAUGCGCUUCAUGGGGGACAUACCGGAGCAGAAACCUGCGGAUUCCAUAUCCCAGGUGUCCAGCACCAUCUCCCGGAGCAGCAUGCCCCGCCUGCUUCCCAACAGGCAGGGUCGAAGGCUGAGCAGCCUGGUGGGACUGGAUCAGAAAAUCCUGAGGAAGAACAAGAAAAAGUUUGGCGGUGGAAACAGAAAGGCGUCAACUAUACUGGAGGAGCCGGAGAUCCUGACUGAGGACGAGGACAUUCUGGUGGGAGAGGGCCCCACGCUGGAUCGGCAGCUUACGCAGCUGGAGAAGUUGCACAUCAUCGCAGGAUACGGUCUCUCACGAGAAGGCAUAAGAGACGAGAUCUACUGUCAGAUCUGCAAACAGCUGGUGAACAACAGGAACAGGAAGAGCUGCAUGCAAGGCUGGGCCCUCCUCGCCCUCUGUCUGGGGAUCUUCCCCCCGACCAGCCUCUUCAUGGACUAUUUGAGGAAAUUCCUUCGUCGAGGUCCGAACGGUUACAGAGAAUACUGCACCGAGAGGCUUGAUCGUAUAAUAGCCAAUGGAGAGAGAAAAGAGCUCCCCUGCUGGAUAGAGCUGCAGGCUGCCGUCAACAAGGAGCCCAUUGAUUGGCCGGUGACGCUAAUGAACGGCGAGACGGUCACUGUAUCGUUGGAUUCGGCCACCAUCUCCUCUGAAGUCUGCCAGGCCGUGGCCAAGAAGACCGGACUCACCGACACCUUCGGGUUCUCCGUCUACAUCAGCUUCUAUGAAAAGAUGUGGUCUUUGGGCUGCUGCGGGAACAAGCACGUGCUGGAUGCCGUGUCUCAGUGCGAGCAGGAGAUGAGGAGGCAGGACAGGGAGGAGAAAGACACCCCCUGGAAACUCUCCAUCCGCAAGGAGCUGUUUGCACCGUGGCACGACUGCUCCCAGGACCCAGUCAGCACGGAUCUGAUCUACAAGCAGGUCAUCAAGGGAAUCAAGUCCGGCGAAUACGUCAGCGAGAAGGAGGACGAGUAUGUCCAGCUGGCUGCCAUGCACUACUUUAUCCAGUUCGGCUCACGGGACCCCACCAGAGACAUCGUCCAGAAGGUGGUCCUGGAGUGCAUCACAACCCAACAGAUUGAGCAAAGAUCUAUGACGAAGUGGAUCCAGCUCAUUACCGCAGAGCUCUCAAAGGAGGAGUAUAACAACGGACGACUGAGAGCGGAAAAGGUCAAAGCAGAUCUGGUCGACAUCGCGCGACAGAACUGGCCGCUCGACUUUUCAAAGCUUUAUGAGGUCACCAUGACGUCAGGACCACCAUUGUCCAGAAGCAGGUUUAUUGUGGCCGUAAACUGGAAAAGUAUUGUGUUUAUGGAGAAAAGGGAGAAGAUUCUCCUCGAGAUCCCCUAUGCAGAGGUGAAAAAGGUCCAGAUGGCGAGUGAGGGCAACCAGUCUGUGAGUUUGUCCACAAUCAGAGGACAGUACGUCCUGAGGUCCGAGGAAGCUGCAGAAAUGGCCAAGGCCAUGCAGUACAAUGUGGACGGCCUUAAAGUGCGUUCUGUGUACGCUUUGGUUCAGCAGGAUGUUGGUAAACAAGACGAUCCCAUGUACCUGAUCUGUAAACGUGGCGACCUGCUGCGAGUGGAGAAAGACGAAGGCUUUCUGACAGACGACAACUUGAUCAGAGCCGUCAACCUGCGAACCAAAAGCAGCGGGGUGGUUUCCAGGGACAAAGUGGAGUUUCUACCCACUCUCACCGAGCCCAACGAGGACACGCUGCAACUGCUCAGACCGAAGCAGAGGAGAUCCUCCCUCCAACCUGUCGCCCCUGUGGUCGAAGAGACCGUGGCUCCUGUUUCUUUGAAGGAGUUUGCGAUUGAGAAUUUCAGACAAAGCGGCAAAGAAGGUGGCCGGCAGAACGCCAAGGGGGUCAACAGGGAGAAGUUGUGGGCUUUUUCCAAGGAGCCAAUCAAACAGCCCCUCAUUAAGAGCUUGGUUCGCAACUCAGAACUCAGCAGCCUGGCCUGCAGCGCCUUUACUGCUAUCUUGAAGUACAUGGGCGACUACCCCAUCAAACAAUCUCGAAGUCCUCUAGAGCUGACUGACCAGAUCUUUGGUCCAGCCACCAAGUAUGAGGAGCUCCAAGAUGAAAUCUACUGCCAAAUAAUGAGACAGAUGACCACCAACAGCAACAGGUUGAGCGUGGACCGUGGGUGGCAGCUGAUGUGGAUGUGCUCAGGCUUGUUCCCGCCCAGUCCGAAGUUACGGAGACACGCGCAGCGCUUCCUGGAGUCACGGCCCAGGGACGUCCUGGCUGCUGGUUGCUUACAGAGGAUGGAGAUUUUCUACAGCAAGGAGCCCCGGAAACUUCCUCCCCAUCAAGCAGAAGUGGAGGCCAUCCAGCAGAACAGCACUCAGAUCUUCUAUAAAGUCCACUUCCCAAAUGAGACGGAUGCUCUAGUGGAGGUGUCUUCAACGACCACAAACAGAGAGCUACGCCACAGCAUCGCCGCCCAGCUCUCGCUGAGCUCACCAGAGGGAUACGGCCUGUAUAUGAAAGUGCCUCAGAAGAUGCUGAGUCUGGAUGAAGACAAAUAUUUCUUUGACAAUCUAAGGCAGCCGUUAGACAUUCCUAAGAAAGGGAAAAAAGUGAAAGAAGCCAAUCUAUCAAGUGCGCCGCUCCUGGUGAUCUACAGGAGGAAGCUCUGGUUCAACGUGAUCCCGGGAAAAGACCGAAUUGCAGAUCUCACUUUCCAUUUCCCACAGGAGGUGCCCAGGUACCUGCGGGGAUACCACAGCUGCACCAAAGAGGACAUGAUCAAUCUGGGUGGGCUCCUGUUCAGAGUGGCAGUGGACUCCGACCGGUCACAAUUCGUCAUGAUCCCUAGAAUGCUGAGGGAGCUGAUUCCUGCUGACCAAAUAGAGAUCAUGCAGCCUGACGAAUGGAAGAAGAACAUCAUCUCGUCAUACAACAGGCAGAGCGGCAUGACGGUGCAAGAGGCCAAAACUGCCUUCCUCACAGCCAUUUCACGCUGGCCGACCUUCGGCUGCUCCUUCUUCGACGUUAAACAAACUUGUGAACCAGAGUACCCAAGCAUACUUUGGUUUACCAUCGGCAAGAAAGGCGUUAGCUUAAUCGACCCCAAAACAAAGGAGCUGCAAGUGAUGCACCCGUUCAACCGCAUCGUGGAGUACAGCAGCAGAGGCAACUUUUUCCAGAUGACCAUCCGCACCCUGGUGAAGGGCGUCAACUUUGUGUGUGAAACCCCACAGGCUUCCACGAUAGAGGACCUCGUUAAAUCGUACGUCAGGAUGUACGAGGAACAGAAGCAGAUCGCUCUGCCGAGGAACAGCAUCUUUGCUUGAGGCUUCAGAAACGAGCCUUUUGAACUUCCAUGCACUGUUCUUCGGUAUCUUUAGGUUUAUGCAUUGUUAAACUAGAAAUGAUGACGUUGUCCAAUAUACAAAUUGCCCCUAUUAAAUGAAUAGUGAUGUUCAAACAUUUCUGUGCAAUAUUUUGAUUCUUUUUUUUUUUUUUUUUACUUAAUACACAAUAUUAGCAUUUUAGCAAGGUAAGAACUUGGAUUAAGAUUUAUGUGCUGUAAAUUUGAGUCUUACUCCUAAUCCUUUUUCUAAGGUCAUUAUGUAUUUAUCAAUAACAUUGGUUAUACGUCCCACCUCCAGUUAAUGAUUUUACCUAAAUGAAAAGUUGUCCGUAUCAAAACGGCAAAUUCAGCCGUGUUACUGGCUCAGGACGGAGACUUUUUGCGUGUUUGUGCAUACAUGUAAAAUGAUGGACAUUAAGUAUAUUGGAACUAAUUCUCUGGUUGCCUCUAAAUGAUAUUAUCGCCACAACAUUUAAGAGGCCUUCAUGUAAUAUAUUGAAUUAGUAGUCAGGUCAUUGUCAGUGUUUUAUUUGGGGGGGGGGGGGGAAUGUCUGUAAUGUUUGACCAUAUAGUUUGACACAAGUUAAAUUAAAUAUUUAUGCCAGAUCUGCAAGGGUGUAAUUAUUAAAACCGAGUGUGGGUGCUGUACAUUUAAGCUGAUGUGAUUGGUUCAACUUGUGUUUUGUUUGUAGUGAUUGGUCAAACUGUCUGCAAAUAAAUAAUA